UCUAGCUACUUAUUUAAGCAACGGCCUUGCAUCAUAACUAUGAAUUUUCAGAAAGAAAUUGAAAGGCAAGAAAACACAAAUAGCAAAAUUAACUCAGAAAUAGCAGUAGCCAAUACUGAUUUAGAGGUUUAUUCUGAGCUUACACAAAUGACACUGUGUCAAAGCGAAGGAGACAAAAAGCAGAGAACUUUUGAAAAACUUGCAGAGCAGCCUGUUCUUAUAUCAGAUACUGACAAUGAUUCCAUGGAGCUAUUGAGCCAACCAAAAACUAAAUGUAUUGAUAAAUCUAAAUUGUUUCUCAAUAAUGAAAAAGUGAACAACUUUAGAACCCGAUAUAAUUCUAAAGCAGUUUGCAAACAAGGAUUAAACAAGAAUCCAAUCAAGAAAGAAAGCAAUUAUAUUCGACUGGAACAACUAAAGAAAGCUAAAAAAUUGUUUGAAUGCAGCAUAUGAUCUGAGACCCUUAAGGAUUCCUCAAUGAUUCCAUGAGGGCAUAUCUUUUGAGAAAAUUGAUUGAUUUUUGACCACGAUGCAAAACUUGGUUGCCCAGUGUGAUCAAAGGAUCUUGAUAUUAAACAAAUGAGACCAUUCAAAAAGCUGGAUGAGCUCAUUAAGAUUGUCCAGGAUAUGAUAGAUUAUAAGCUAUGAAAGAAGAAAGCGAAAAGAGAGCUCAAAUCAAUUUCAAAAAGUAUACAAAACAAUGUCAAUAAUUGCCUUGGCAGCCCUAAUGAUACGAUCGAUGAGUUAAUCCUGGAUUUCAGAAAUAAAUUCAUGCCACAUAUUAGUUGGACAAAGGAAGAAUUGAAUAAAAAUACCCACUUUUAUAGUGAAGAAGAUUUAGACAUGAUUCAAAAAGUAUUAAAUCGUAAAGAUAUGGAACUCGAUAUUGAAAUCACUCUGAGUCAUGAUGAUCGACAGCAAAUGUAUUAUCCAUUAAAGGAAGAAAUAAGAUUACUAACAAAUUCUGGAAUCAACUUGAAAUCUAUCUCUAAAGUAAUCUGAGAGCAGAAUAAUAUCAACCCUAAUGAGUGGAGUAAUUUUGAGCUCUAUGUGAAUAUCAAUCGGAAGUUCAUUCAGGUCAAUUAUGCCCAAACAAUCUUGGAUAUAAAGAACAAAUUUUGGGUUUUAACAGGACCACCUUACAUUCUUUACUACAAACAUUUUAUAAUUGAUGCAUCAAAACUGGGGGAGAAUAGAGAUGCUGGAUCUCAAUCAGAAAGUAUUGAUAAACCUUUGAUUGAUACAAAACCAAUUUCACUGAUUUCUCCUGAUGAUACCUCAUUUAAAGUAGAAAAAGAUGCCACCUCAAGUAAUGGAGGUUUAAGCCAACAAGUCAAGUGCAUGAUGGAAGAUUUUGAGAAUGAAACUGAAAAAGAAAGCUCUAGUGUUGAUAGUGAAGAUUUUAAAAAUGGGUUCAAAGGAAUAAAAGGCAAGAGACAACCUAAAAUUAUUCUUGACCAAAAGAAUAGUCAGGUUAUGAUUAAUGAUAUUGAUGUGAAUAGUAUUAAUGAGCUUUAUAUUGAUCGUGAUCCAAAUAAAAAAGAAAAGGAAUUAAACUUUAAUAGUUUUGAUGGCACCUCACCAAAGAAAGAAACUCCCCCUGUAGCCAACCCAAUUAUCUUUGGAACAGAUUCUACAGCUGCAAUUAUGAAUCCUGAUCCUGUAAUAUCAAACCCUACAGAAACUGAAACACCUCUCCUCCAAAUGUUCGAUGAAGCAUUUGCAAUAUAA